AUGACCCCUCACAAAAAAAUGGCCAGAACUGCUAUGACAAACACUAAUAACAAGGGAAAAGCAAAAAAAAGUACACAUAAAAAGCCUGAACAAAAAGAUCAGAAAACAAAAGAAAGAAGAUCUUUUAGUAUUAGAAAACCAAACAUAACAGCUAGUCAAAGCGCUAAGAAGACUACAAAGAAACCUAGAUCGAUUGUACUAAAAGAGAUAAGAUUUUAUCAAAAAUCUACAAAUUUUUUAGUAAGUAAAUCUCCAUUUACUCGUAUGGUCAGAGAUAUUACGCG